AUGCCGAUGUUCUCCCCUUUACUCGACUUAGGCGCUUCGAUCCCGAUGCCUUCUGCCCCGCUACCAUCACCCAAGCCAUCAAACCUACACACCAUGCCUUCGUCGCCUUCGACUGAGCUGGCUGCUAAUGCCAACAAUCCUGCUGCCAUCGACUCACCCUCAUCCACUUCUCCACACUCCUUGACGGUUGACCAACUCGCCCAGACUAUACCCACCACCAUGGCUCCGAACAAUCCUCUAGGCCUUCUCGGCAAACUACCUCGCGAACUUCGCGACAUGAUCUACGCUUAUGCUGUCGACCCACCAACUAAGGAUGACUUUGCUGGAGAAGCGGAUGACUACUACCGGGAUAUUACACGCAGACGGCCGAUCAUGCAAACAUGCAAGCAAGUUCGACUUGAAUGUAUGGAGUCAUAUCUGUCAGAAAACGAGAUAGAAUGUGACAUCGGGCCGCCGUGUUGGUACGGAUUCGUCACAUCUCUCUCGAACAUACUUGCUCGCCCUUACUUCCGGGCUCAGGGAUACUCCAUGUACGUCGAGUGCUUUCGUCAGGGUCCCUUCGAUAUGGAAAUUACGCAACAACGUUGCCAGACCAUGCAGACGUACUUGCGCCUUUACCGGAGCAUACCUCAGAUCGGUUUCUCAAUCCCAACCAAGAAUCUCUUCCUUCAGUUGGAUUACAAUCUGCCAUCCUAUGUAUUUGAUGACGUGUCCGCUCAAUGGCGUGUCAUCAGCCCGGAUAGCAAUAAGAUCUCGAUCAAACUCUGGGUGAAUGACCGGCGAAAGUCGGUGGCUGAAAUCGGGAAGGUGUGUUCUCGAUUGAAAGACACAGUUCUUCGUCAUUGUCAACAAAAUACUUGCGGAGAUCCAUCUGCCGCCUCUACCUCAGAAUCUGGCUCGUAG